GUAAUCGAUGGACAGUCCUGGGAUAGGAGUAUCUUUGACUAUAUGGCGGAUUUGGACAAUAUGGGAUAAAGCAACCAUUGGAGGGCAGUCCACUGCACUCUGCAGACAGCAGCGCCGGAACUCGUGAUAUUGCUCCCGUCCCGGAUCCACCUAGAGAGUAGUUCUAGCGAGGUUCGUGUCUUCAGCCAAACGAUCGAAGUCAAAUGCGACAUCCAAAAUAACUCUCUCAUCGUCGUCGUUGUACAUUUAACCUUGACAGCAUCAAUAAAUGAGUAUCAUGGGCCGAAGCCACCUUUACCCAACAUGAAUACGAUCCAACUCUUUGAAAUAUGUCUCUCGCGGAAUAUGGAUUCAACAGGGUCCCUGAACGUGGUAGAGACCUGUCGGCACAACAUCCAUGCGUCAGCAAGGUCGUUCCCCUUCUUCAGGUUUUCCAGGAUCCGUAUCUAUAUCUCAUUUGGUAGCGAAAGGGUUCGCCGGGUAGCCAUACUAUUCGAUUGGCCCCAUGAAUUGGUGUUGCAAAGUUUGCGAGGAGGGUUGAAGAAGAGGAGUAGACUGUGGGGUGUGGAGAAAAGAGGGCGCAUGCGCCUCAAUACGUACCUCACGUGGUCCGAUCCACUUUUCGACCUCAACCAAGAACCUCACCUCUUUUGGAGCACUCGAAAAGGCACAUAUCCUGUCUUCUGUUUCUUGGAUAGAACAGAUCAGCUUCCGCCCGAUAGAUAUCGUGUUGUCGGAUCAAAAGAACCCGUCACUACGCCCGAGCAUCCACCAAUUCCGCGAGAUCGUUCCUCGAGUCCUCGACGAGAACUUUGCUGCUAUGAGCUUGCAGCAGGGGAGGCAGAGCAGACAACUGUGACCCGUGCUUUUCAAACCAAGGACUAUCGAUACUCCGAACAAUACACCAUCGCUCAGUAUUCGAACCGAGGUCACUGCCUUGGUCAGACUCUCGCAGACAUCCCAUUGCUGCGAUUGGAGAGGACCACCAACGGCGAAUCAUACGAUCUUGGUGUCGAUGGGAUGAAAGUGAAGACUCGCAUAUCACGGCCGAGCCCCUCAAUAAUGUCAACGUUCCAUCCACAUCGAUCCUAGCUUCCGGCGGAUAUGAUCAUGAAACACUUCCUCAUCACCAGCUGCCCAAC